AUGCCUCAGAACGAAUACAUCGAGGAGCACAUCAAGCGGCAUGGUCGCCGUCUUGAUUACUUUGAAAAGAAGCGGAAGCGCGAAGCGCGUGCUGUCCACAAGUCCUCAGCAGUUGCUCAGAAAGCUUUCGGCAUCAAGGCUAAACUGCUACAUGCCAAGCGCCAUGCACAGAAGAUCCAGAUGAAGAAGACGCUUAAGGCGCACGACGAGAGGAAUGUGAAGCAACCAGAUGCAGGAACCGUGCCGGACGGUGCUCUUCCCACAUACCUGUUGGAUCGUGAGGGCCAAAAGGACGCCAAAAGCCUCUCGAGUGCCAUCAAGCAAAAACGGAAAGACAAGGCAGCCAAAUAUGCUGUACCGCUGCCGAAAGUCAGAGGCAUUGCGGAGGACGAGAUGUUCAAGGUGUUGAAGACAGGGAAGAGCAAGAGCAAGGCUUGGAAGCGGAUGGUCACGAAGGCGACAUUUGUUGGAGAGGGUUUCACAAGAAAACCUGUGAAGAUGGAGAGGUUUAUCAGGCCGAUGGCUCUGCGAUACAAGAAAGCGAAUGUCACACAUCCGGACCUAAAAGCAACCUUCCAACUCCAAAUCCUCGGGGUGAAAAAGAACCCUCAGUCGCCCAUGUACACCCAGCUCGGCGUCAUGACAAAGGGUACCGUCAUCGAGGUCAACGUCUCAGAACUCGGUCUCGUUACAGCUGGCGGAAAAGUUGUGUUCGGCAAAUAUGCUCAAAUCACGAACAAUCCUGAAAACGAUGGUUGCAUCAAUGCCGUUCUCCUCGUAUGA